UAAGAAGCCAAGAGAGUACUCAUUGAGACAUGAGGUGAUGAUUUGAGAAUGGAGCUUGCAGAGAUUGGAAAAAGCAUGGGGUCGAGUUUCAGGAGCAGCUCAUCAAGAAAUGAGCAUGAGGAUGAGGCAGAGCAUGCUCUGCAGUGGGCUGAGAUCCAAAGAUUACCUAGUUUUAAACAACUGAGAUCAUCUCUGGUCGAUGAAGAAGGGGAUGAUGUGGAGAAAGGGAAAAGGGUCGUUGAUGUCACCAAGCUUGGAGCCAUGGAACGUCAUCUGAUGAUUGAGAAGCUGAUCAAACACAUUGAGAAUGAUAAUCUCAAGCUGCUCAAGAAAAUCAGAAGAAGGAUAGACAGGGUUGGUGUGGAGCUUCCAAGCAUAGAGGUGAGGUACAAGCAUCUAAGUGUUGAAGCAGAAUGUGAGGUCGUUGAAGGGAAGGCGCUUCCAACUUUAUGGAAUUCUUUGAAGCACAUUUUCUUAGAGUUGGUAAAGCUGAGUGGUGUAAGAACACAUGAAGCCAAGAUAAGCAUACUUAACAAUGAUAGCGGCAUCAUUAACCCUGGAAGGUUAACACUGCUGCUUGGUCCUCCUGGAUGUGGGAAAACUACUCUGCUCAAGGCUUUGUCCGGAAACUUGGACAAGAAUCUAAAGCUUUCUGGUGAAAUCUCUUACAAUGGACACGGUCUAAACGAGUUUGUUCCUCGGAAGACAUCCGCGUACAUAAGCCAACACGAUCUGCACACUGCGGAGAUGACAGUUAGGGAGACAAUAGACUUCUCAGCUCGUUGUCAAGGUGUUGGUAGUCGAACAGAUAUUAUGAUGGAGGUCAGUAAAAGAGAAAAGGAUGGUGGAAUCAUUCCUGACCCGGACGUAGAUGCUUACAUGAAGGCUAUAUCGGUUAAUGGACUUAAAAGAAGUCUACAAACAGAUUACAUCUUGAAGAUCCUAGGUCUUGACAUAUGUGCAGAAACAUUGGUUGGUAAUGCAAUGAAAAGAGGCAUAUCUGGUGGUCAAAAGAAGCGUCUUACUACAGGAGAGAUGGUCGUUGGUCCAGCAAAAGCUCUUUUUAUGGAUGAAAUUACAAACGGCCUAGACAGCUCCACAGCGUUUCAGAUAGUCAAGUCACUUCAGCAGCUGGCUCACAUCACCAACGCAACUGUGUUUGUUUCCCUUCUUCAACCUGCUCCAGAGUCAUAUGAUCUCUUUGACGAUAUUGUCUUGAUGGCUGAAGGAAAAUUAGUGUAUCAUGGUCCAAGAGACGAGGUCUUGAGGUUCUUUGAGGAAUGUGGUUUUAGAUGCCCAGAGAGGAAGGGUGUUGCAGACUUUCUACAAGAGGUUAUAUCUAGAAAGGACCAAGGACAGUACUGGCUGCACCAGGACAUACCCCAUAGCUUUGUCUCAGUAGACGCAUUGUCCAAGAGAUUCAAGGAGUUAGAGACUGGGAGAAAGAUUGAGGAUGCUCUCUCUAAGCCAUAUGAUAAAUCAAAAACCCAUAAAGAUGCUCUCUCUUUCAGUGACUAUUCUCUUCCAAAGUGGGAGCUGUUCAGAGCAUGCAUCUCAAGAGAGUUUCUUCUAAUGAAGAGAAACUCUUUCGUCUACCUCUUCAAGACGUUUCAGCUUGUUGUGUCAGCAAUCCUCACUAUGACUGUGUUUAUUAGAACGCGGAUGGGUGUAGAUAUUAUUCAUGGAAACUCUUACAUGAGUUGCCUCUUUUUCGCAACCGUUGUGCUUUUGGUGGAUGGUUUUCCAGAGCUGUCUAUGACUGUUCAACGUCUUGCCGUGUUCUACAAGCAAAAGCAACUGUGUUUCUAUCCAGCUUGGGCUUAUGCAAUCCCUGCAACAGUGUUAAAGAUCCCUCUCUCUUUCUUCGAAUCUCUCGUUUGGACUUGCCUUACUUACUACGUCAUCGGAUAUACUCCUGAAGUCUCCAGGUUCUUACGUCAGUUCAUGAUGCUCUUUGCUGUUCAUUUCACAUCCAUAUCCAUGUUCCGAUGUAUAGCUGCAGUCUUUCAGACAGGAGUUGCUUCAAUGGCAGCUGGUAGUUUCGCCACAUUAAUCACCUUUGUGUUCGCCGGUUUCGCCAUCCCUUACACUGAUAUGCCAGGGUGGCUGAAGUGGGGUUUCUGGGUGAAUCCUAUAGGUUACGCAGAGAUUGGGCUCUCUGUAAACGAGUUUCUUGCUCCAAGAUGGCAGCAAAUGCAACCAACGAAUGUUACAUUGGGGAGAACCAUACUUGAAAGCAGAGGACUGAACUAUGAUGAUUACAUGUACUGGGUCUCAUUAUGUGCCUUGCUUGGACAGACCCUUAUCUUCAACAUCAUUUUCACUCUAGCUUUGAGUUUCUUGAAAUCUCCCAUUACAUCUCGCUCUAUGAUCUCAAAAGAUAAGCUCUCUGAGCUGCAAGGAACAAAAGAUUCGUCACUCAAGAAGAACAAGAAGGCAACAGAUUACAUAGAAGAUUCAGGGAAGAUGGCCUUACCUUUUAAGCCUCUCACCAUAACGUUCCAAGAUUUGAACUACUACGUAGACGUUCCUGCGGAGAUGAGAGUUCAAGGAUACAAUGAGAAGAAGCUGCAGCUUCUCUCAGGCAUCACCGGAGCUUUCAGGCCAGGCGUUUUAACGGCGUUGAUGGGGAUCAGUGGAGCUGGAAAAACCACUCUACUCGACGUUCUCGCCGGAAGAAAAACAAGCGGAUACAUCGAAGGAGAGAUCAGAAUCAACGGAUACCUUAAAGUCCAAGAAACCUUCGCAAGAGUCUCAGGCUACUGUGAGCAAACAGAUAUACACUCACCAAAUAUCACCGUCGAGGAGUCUCUAAUCUACUCGGCUUGGCUCCGUCUAGUUCCAGAAAUAGAUCACAAAACAAAAAUAAGAUUCGUGAAGGAAGUUCUUGAGACGAUAGAGCUGGAGGAGAUCAAGGACGCGAUGGUGGGAGUCCCCGGCCAGAGCGGGCUGUCGACGGAGCAGAGGAAGAGGUUGACGGUGGCGGUGGAGUUGGUGGCGAAUCCGUCGAUCAUAUUCAUGGACGAGCCAACGACGGGGCUGGACGCAAGAGCAGCUGCCAUUGUGAUGAGAGCUGUGAAGAACGUUGCGGAGACUGGACGUACCAUUGUGUGCACUAUUCAUCAGCCUAGUAUCGAUAUUUUUGAAGCCUUCGACGAGUUGGUACUUCUGAAGAGAGGAGGUCGCAUGAUUUACACUGGACCACUUGGACAACAUUCUUCUCAUGUCAUACAGUAUUUUGAGAGUAUCCCUGGAGUUGCUAAGAUUAAAGACAACUACAAUCCAGCAACAUGGAUGCUAGAGGUCACUUCACAGUCUGUAGAGAUUGAACUCAACAUGGAUUUUGCAAAAAUCUACAAAGAAUCUGCUCUCUACAACAGGAGCAACUAUGAGCUUGCUCAGGAGCUGAGCAAACCGGAUCCCGGGUCAAGCGAUUUACAUUUCGAGAGAACUUUUGCGCAGAGCUGGUGGGAACAGUUCAAAUCUUGUCUAUGGAAGAUGAGCUUGUCUUACUGGAGAAGCCCUGCUUACAAUUUGAUGCGAAUCUUUCACACUUUAGUCUCUUCUUUGAUCUUUGGUUUACUCUUCUGGAAGCAAGGUCAAAAGAUAGAUACUCAACAGAACUUGUUCACAGUUCUUGGAGCCAUCUAUGGCCUUGUGAUAUUCUUGGGGGUAAAUAACUGCACUUCAGCUUUACAGUAUUUUGAGACAGAGCGUAACGUUAUGUACCGCGAAAGAUUCGCUGGAAUGUACUCUGCCUUUGCCUUUGCACUGGCUCAGGUUGUGACCGAGAUUCCUUACAUUUUCAUCCAAAGCGCAGAGUUUGUGAUCAUAAUAUAUCCUAUGAUGGGUUUAUACGGAUCUGCCUAUAAAGUCUUUUGGAGUCUCUACUCAAUGUUCUGCAACUUACUCUCCUUCAACUACUUAGCAUUGUUCCUCAUCUCCAUCACUCCAAACUUCAUGCUCGCAGCUAUUCUCCAGUCUCUUUUCUUCGUUGCUUUCAACCUUUUUGCUGGAUUCUUGAUUCCACUACCUCAAAUACCAAAGUGGUGGGUGUGGCUUUACUAUCUAACACCUCCCUCUUGGAGUCUCAAUGUGUUUUUCUCGUCUCAGUACGGUGAUAUUCAUCAAGAGAUCAAUGCAUUUGGAGAAACCACGACCGUGGCGAGAUUCUUAGAGGACUAUUUUGGAUUCCAUCAUGAUCGUUUGAUGACUUCAGCCAUUAUUCUCAUAGCGUUUCCAGUUGUAUUGGCUUCUAUGUUUGCUUUCUUUGUUGCCAAACUCAACUUUCAGAAACGAUGAUCCAUCACACACCAACCAAAGGUUUGAAACACCAAAGGGUAGUUUACAAAUUACUGUAUGGACAUGCACGUAUUCGUUGUCACACUAUUUGUAAACACUAAACAAAUGCAAAAUUUAUUUAUAAAAUCAUAAGAAAGUUGGAUA